AGUAAUUUAAAAACUUUUUGCAAAUAUUGUAUCAAUGCUCUAGGAGAAGAAGAAGGAAAAAAUACCUAUUUUCCUAAUAAAAAAGACCAAAUUAUAUUACAUUUAAAAAAAUGUUUACAUUUUCUUGAUGCAACUAUAGCUAAAGAACAAGCUGAAAUAUUCAAGUUAAUAUCAGAUAACAAUUCAUCUACUAAAAAAAGAUAUUCAUCUCGAAAAAUAGUAGUUCGUUCAAAACCUUAUGGCCCAAUAGACAACUAUGCUGUUCAGGCUUUAUCAAAAGAAGAUGCUAAACAAUUUAACAAACUUUUACUUAGAAUGACAGUUUCUUAUGUUAUAGAUAAAACUGAAUUAAUGCUUUUAGAAUUAGAGUCAAUUAAUAUUAAAGUAUGUACUAUCAUUACUAAUAGUGCAGGUGCUUAUGCGGCUACAAG